AUGGCUGGAGGAAAAGGAAAAUCCGGAAAGGACAGCGGCAAGUCCAAAUCAAAAGUUAUUUCCAGGAGUGCUCGUGCUGGUCUCCAGUUCCCCGUCGGUCGUAUCCAUCGAUUCCUGAAACAAAGAACUACCUCCCAUGGUCGUGUUGGUGCUACUGCCGCCGUCUACAGUGCUGCCAUCCUUGAGUACCUAACAGCUGAAGUUCUGGAGUUGGCUGGCAACGCUUCCAAGGACCUGAAGGUAAAGAGAAUCACCCCCAGACAUUUACACUUGGCCAUCAGAGGAGAUGAAGAGUUGGACACUCUAAUCAAGGCUACCAUCGCUGGCGGUGGUGUCAUUCCACACAUUCACCGUUACCUGAUGAGCAAGAAGGGCGGACCCGAGCAUCCUCCAUCAUCACAAGCCAAAGUUCCUCCACAAGUUUAA